UCCCGUCCAGGCCCCGCCCCCACGCAGUCCGCGGGCCGCGGGAAGACGCGGGUGUAGUCACGCCAAGCUAGCCUGCGUCUCUUCUCCUGAGAAUCACGACACCCAGGAGGACCUGCGGGGGUCCGGCGCCUCGCGCCGUAGGAACGCCUGCCUGUCCGCCUGCCUCCGGGGCCUGGCGCCGGAGCCCCGCCCCCGCCGCCUCCGCGCGCCGAUUUCUGGCCGUCUCGUGCCCGCGCGCGCACCCGCGGAAGCCUGAGUCUGGCGGGCCGGGCCGCUCGCUGCAGACGAAGGCCGAGCAGCUGAGGUGCAAGGGGAGGAGCCGCCGCCGCCGCCGGAGAGCAGCAUGUCUGCAACUCGGGCCAAGAAAGUGAAGAUGGCCACCAAAUCCUGCCCCGAGUGCGACCAACAGGUUCCUGUUGCGUGUAAAUCAUGUCCUUGUGGCUAUAUAUUUAUUAGCAGAAAACUACUUAAUGCAAAACACCCAGAGAAAUCACUACCUUCUACUGAAAACAAGCAUGAGGCCAAGAGGAGGCGAACAGAGAGAGUUAGGCGAGAGAAGAUAAAUUCUGCAGUAAAUAAGGAUUUAGAAAACAGAAAGAGGUCUCGAAGUAACAGCCAUUCAGAUCAUAUCAGACGAGGAAGAGGAAGACCUAAAAGUGCAUCUGCAAAAAAACAUGAGGAAGAAAGAGAUAAACAGGAAAAGGAAAUUGACAUCUAUGCUAACCUCUCUGAUGAAAAGGCUUUCGUGUUUUCAGUUGCCUUGGCAGAAAUAAAUAGAAAAAUUAUCAAUCAAAGACUUAUUCUCUGAUACUUGUGUGCAAAAUGUGUUGAAACUUUCUUCAGGAUUACAUCAGCAAAUUCCAAGCAGUUACAGACUCUCAGGAGCAUCCUGACUGCAUCAAUAAGGGCCUUUUUUUGUUUGUUUGUUUUUUCUUUCCUUUUUAUCACUUAACCUGUGCCACACUUCCACACUUUGACAGCAAAGCUAUAUAUGCUUGGACUAUUCUAGUAUUUCCUCAUUUACAAGAAGUAUUGUCAGUGUUUUGUGUUUGGGAUAUAAAUAAUUAGAUUUACACACACACACACACAAAAGCAAAAACAAAAACAAAAAAACCCUUCCCAAACAAGCAUACUCUGAAUGACUGUUAAAGGAUUAAAAAAGGGUGGGUGGGGGUGGGGUGGUGAGAGAAGAGUUAUGGGUGGGAGUAGAAGUAUGAAAAAUAUAAAAUGUUUGAUAGUCCUUAGGUUUACCACCAGAGAUGCAAUAUUUUAAAUACUUUCAGAAAGAGUGAUUUUUAGAAAUAUAUAUUUCAGAUUUUCAGCAGUUACAGAUGGCAUAUAUACAAAUACAGUCCAUUUACUUUUAAUAAAUUGGCAAUUAAUGUUUUAUUGAAUGGGGAAUUAAGAAUAUGAACUAUAAAUUUUGUCUUGAUUUUUUUUCUUGGUCUUUAUUUUUAAACUUAAGGUAUGUGUUAGAUUUUGGAAGAUACUUUCUAGACAUUUUGGAAGCUUGGGUGCUAUAUGAAGGAAAGCAUUUAAGAAUAUAUGUUUAGAUACUAACACCUUGUUUUCUUGAAUGUAAUUUAUUUAUUGGUUAAAAAGUCUCUGCUUUCAAGAUGGUGCCUGUUUAAUCAAAAUAUAUUUAUUACAUGCAAAAUAUUUCUUAGUGACUUUUAAGCAAGUGUAUAUCUGACUGGGUGUUUUUAUCUGAAUGGAUGUUCAUUUAUACAUCCUGAUGAUUAUUUAAAUUGUUAUGUAACCUCACUCUGGAAGAAAAAUAAAACUUCAUAUUGAAACCAGUAGAUUAAAUACUGUAGUAUAAGUUUUUGUUGUAAUAAAGUGUGUAAUAUAUUUAAAAACUUAA